CAUGGCCGUACAGACUCAUAUAGAGUCGCCACGUUACCGAACGUUCGCGACGACAACAAAACUGCUGAUGGAAUGUACAAGUCGCGGCGAAAGGCCCCAAAGAAGAAGGGAGAUUUAGAUGAUUUGAAACAGGAGUUGGAUAUUGAUUUUCACAAAAUCACAAUUGAAGAGCUUUACCAGAGAUUUCAGACUCAUCCAGAAAAUGGACUCAGUCAUGCGAAAGCAAAAGAGAAUCUCUUGAGGGACGGCCCAAAUGCAUUGACGCCUCCAAGAACGACUCCAGAAUGGGUUAAAUUUUGUAAAAAUUUGUUCGGUGGAUUCGCCCUGCUGUUAUGGAUUGGAGCGUUCCUCUGUUUUGUCGCGUACGGGAUCCAGGCGUCGACGAGCGAGGAGCCCAAUGACGACAAUCUCUACCUUGGUAUCGUGCUCGCAGCUGUGGUAAUAGUAACGGGUAUAUUCUCGUACUACCAAGAGAGCAAGUCGAGCAAAAUAAUGGAGUCAUUCAAAAACAUGGUGCCGCAAUUCGCGACUGUCCUUCGUGAAGGUGAAAAACUAACCCUGAGGGCAGAGGACCUCGUGCUUGGCGACGUUGUCGAAGUCAAAUUCGGUGACCGUAUCCCCGCUGACAUCAGAGUAAUCGAGUCACGAGGCUUCAAGGUAGACAACAGUUCGCUGACUGGUGAGUCGGAGCCGCAAUCGAGGUCACCGGAGUUCACCAACGAAAACCCGCUUGAAACAAAGAACCUCGCAUUUUUCUCGACGAACGCCGUCGAGGGCACAGCCAAGGGUGUCGUGAUUUGCUGCGGAGACAACACUGUAAUGGGAAGAAUCGCUGGUCUCGCGUCUGGACUAGACACCGGCGAGACACCAAUCGCCAAAGAAAUCCACCACUUCAUCCACUUGAUUACCGGCGUGGCUGUAUUCCUGGGUGUAACCUUUUUCCUCAUUGCCUUUAUCCUGGGAUACCACUGGCUUGACGCUGUGAUUUUCCUAAUUGGUAUUAUUGUAGCAAACGUACCUGAAGGUCUGCUGGCCACUGUUACCGUAUGUCUUACACUGACUGCUAAGAGAAUGGCCUCCAAAAAUUGUCUAGUAAAGAAUCUUGAGGCCGUAGAGACACUUGGAUCGACGUCGACUAUUUGCUCUGACAAGACCGGAACCUUGACCCAAAACCGAAUGACUGUCGCUCACAUGUGGUUCGACAAUCAGAUCAUCGAAGCCGACACGACAGAAAACCAAUCUGGCGUGCAGUACGAUCGUACGAGUCCUGGAUUUAAGGCUCUCGCCAAGAUCGCCACCCUUUGCAAUCGAGCUGAAUUCAAACCCGGUCAGGAGGGUGAACCUAUCCUCCAGCGCGAAGUUAACGGUGAUGCCUCUGAAGCUGCUUUGCUUAAGUGCAUGGAGCUUGCACUCGGGGACGUUAUGGGUGUUCGUAAAAGAAAUAAAAAAGUAUGUGAAGUACCCUUUAAUUCAACUAACAAAUAUCAGGUUUCAAUUCACGAGUCCGAAGAUACUAAUGACCCGCGUUAUUUACUAGUAAUGAAGGGUGCCCCUGAACGAAUUCUUGACCGUUGUACCACUAUUUUCAUUGGUGGAAAAGAAAAAGUACUCGAUGAGGAAAUGAAAGAGGCAUUUAAUAACGCGUAUCUCGAACUCGGCGGUCUUGGCGAGCGUGUUCUCGGAUUCUGCGACUACGUUCUCCCGUCCGACAAAUACCCUGUCGGCUUCAAAUUUAACUCUGACGAUCCCAACUUCCCUACCGAAAACCUACGUUUCGUAGGACUCAUGUCCAUGAUUGAUCCCCCACGAGCUGCUGUACCUGACGCUGUCGCCAAGUGUCGAUCCGCUGGUAUCAAAGUUAUCAUGGUCACUGGUGACCAUCCGAUCACUGCCAAAGCCAUCGCUAAGUCUGUCGGUAUCAUUUCUGAAGGUAACGAGACUAUCGAAGACAUUGCUCAGCGCUUGAACAUUCCCGUGUCGGAAGUUAAUCCACGAGAAGCUAAGGCUGCAGUCGUUCACGGUGGUGAGCUCAGAGACCUUGACUCCGACCAGCUGGAUGAGAUUCUCAGGUAUCACACCGAAAUUGUGUUCGCUCGUGAUGGUGUAAACGACUCGCCGGCUUUGAAGAAAGCUGACAUUGGUGUUGCUAUGGGUAUCUCCGGUUCGGAUGUAUCAAAACAGGCUGCCGACAUGAUUCUGCUGGACGACAACUUUGCUUCAAUCGUUACUGGAGUCGAGGAGGGUCGUCUUAUCUUCGACAACUUGAAGAAGUCCAUCGCCUACACCUUGACAUCAAACAUUCCUGAGAUCUCACCCUUCCUUGCAUUCAUUCUCUGUGAUAUCCCACUUCCACUUGGAACUGUCACCAUUCUCUGCAUCGAUUUAGGAACUGAUAUGGUACCCGCCAUUUCGUUAGCCUACGAGCAGGCAGAGAGCGAUAUUAUGAAGCGACAACCACGAAACCCCUUCACUGACAAGCUAGUUAAUGAAAGGCUUAUCUCGAUGGCGUACGGACAAAUUGGUAUGAUCCAAGCAGCUGCUGGAUUCUUCGUGUACUUCGUUAUCAUGGCUGAGAAUGGUUUCCUUCCACGGGAUCUCUUCGGUAUCAGAAAAAUGUGGGAUUCUAAAGCCAUCAAUGAUUUGAAGGACAGUUAUGGCCAGGAAUGGACCUACAAAGAUCGUAAAGCACUAGAAUUUACCUGCCACACCGCUUUCUUCGUGUCAAUUGUAAUUGUACAGUGGGCUGAUUUGAUCGUUUGUAAGACACGUAGAAAUUCAAUUGUUCAUCAAGGAAUGAGAAACUGGGCCUUGAAUUUCGGAAUUGUCUUCGAGACAGCCCUCGCAGCUUUCCUAAGUUACACACCUGGAAUGGACAAAGGUCUUCGUAUGUACCCACUCAAAUUCGUGUGGUGGUUACCAGCAAUUCCAUUCAUGUUGGCCAUCUUCAUCUACGAUGAAACGAGACGAUUCUACCUCCGCCGGAACCCAGGUGGAUGGUUGGAGCAAGAAACUUACUAUUAA